AUGGUUCGCUCAAUUCUCUUCGCCGCAGCGGCGUUGGCCGUCUCCGUCUCUGCCAUUCCCAUGGAAUCCAAGAGGGAUGCCUUGUUCAAAAUCUCAACAGCUCCCGGCUCUAUCCAGGAAGUUACAGAGGCACAGAAGUACGAACUGAAGGCUCAGGGUGUGAAGUUCUUUGACUUUACGGAUGAGGGAUCGCUGCCGGACGAGGUCGAAGUCGCUGCUGUCACCUAUCCUACCGCUGUUCAGCAGGCAGAUGCCGUCAACGCUCUGCUCCCCAGCCUCAGCGAGGACAAGCUCAAGACCACGUUGACGACCUUUGCCAGCUUCCACAACCGCUACUACAAGUCGACAUACGGCCAGCAAUCCUCUGCUUGGCUGCUCAAGCAGGUCCAGGCCAUCAUCACGGCCGCCAGCCCCUCGGCAAACGUGACGGCCACGCCCUUUACCCACAGCUGGGGCCAGUCGAGCAUCAUUGCCACCAUUCCUGGCCAGACGGAUAACAUUGUUGUCCUCGGUGCCCACCAGGACAGCAUCAAUGCCCGCAGCCCCCAGAACGGCGUCGCCCCGGGUGCAGAUGACGAUGGUUCCGCCUCCAUGGAACUCAUCGAGACUUUCCGCGUCUUGCUCACUGAUGCAAAGGUGGCUGCUGGCGAAGCUGUGAACACGAUUGAGAUUCACUGGUACUCGGCCGAGGAGGGUGGACUCCUCGGCAGCAAGGCCAUCUUCAACAGCUACAAGGCCGACGGCAAAGUCGUCAAGGCCAUGUUGAACCAAGACAUGGCGGGAUACGUCAAGCCUGGAACGACUGAGAGUAUCGGCUUGUUUACCGACUAUGUUGACACAUCGUUGACCACCUUUAUCGGCAAGGUCAUUGCAGCUUACACUAAACUUCCAGCCGUGUCCACCAAGUGCGGUUAUGCCUGCUCUGAUCAUGCCUCAGCACGCAACGCCGGCUACCCUGCUGCCUUGAUCUCCGAGGCUGCUUUCGAGGAUACUAGCCAGCUUCUGCACACUGCUCAGGAUACUCUGGACACCAUUACCUUUUCCCACCUUGUUGAGAUGGCCAAGGUUGCCUUGGGCACAGCUUACGAAUUGGGAUUUGCUACUUUGUAA